UCCCUCCCCUGGCUUCUGAGGGAGCAUUAGAGAUUCCUCUGGGAUAGGGAUGCUGGCUCAGCUUCCUUGUGAGUACCAGAAAUGGUACAGGUAACUGCACAAAGCUACAGGAGAUCCCUGCAAGAGUUUUCAGAAAGUCCAAUUAUGUCAAGAUGCAAGAGUCUCAGCUCUUCCCACUCACUCACUGGUGCUCCUCAGAGCAUCACUGAAUACCUGGCACUCUGGGAAAAUGAUCCAGUGGAGAUUCUUCUUGAUUUGGGGUUUGGUAUAGAAGAACCUGAUGUCUGCACUAAAAUCCCUCCUCGAUUCCUCAGUGGUGCUUCUGUAGCAAAAGGGAUCAACAUCCGAGUCUUUUUGGAAGCUCAGAAACAGCGGAUGGACAUUGAGAGGUCAAACCUACACGAACGUUUUCGACAGCUGGAAGUACUUGACCACGUAACCAGUGCCCUCUCAUCUUUGCUGGCCGAUGUCAACGCUCAACAGAUCAAAGCACUGAGCACCGGUGAGGAUGAGACCUGUCUCCUGGAAGCUGCAAAGAGCAGCCCUGUGGUCACACGAGCAAAGCGGAGAAUGAGUCAGCUUCUGAAAAGAGCAUCUCGGCCAACAGUGCUGGUGAAACAGGGCUCGCUGGCACCUGGAAACGCCAGCCUGCCCAGCAGGAAAGAGCAACCCUGUUCUUGCACAGAUACUGUUGAGAAGGGAACAGUCCAGGUGGGCUUUUCUGCAUGUGUUACAUUGGACUGUCUGACCCAGGAGCAAACUCUCAGAGACAAAGGCACCUCAGCAUAUCCCACCUCCCAGUGUCCACCAAUCCCAUCGCGUACUGCCUGGGUUUCAUCACACCUAGCUACAGAACAGUGCCACCUUUCUCCUGCAUGUGAGAUGUCUGCCAAAGACAGACCAAGAAAGGAACUACUUCUGCCUACGUCCCACGCACUCAAAAAAGGGACCAGCCUAAACUGCAAGCUGCCAGACUCAUUUGAAAUGGAAGAGAUUCAGAGUUUUGAGGAUGAAAGUCUGUGUGGAAAUGCUCCUGACACCACUUCAGCAGAGGCGAUGGUGACAAGAACAAGCAGCUGCCAGUCAGACAGCAGUGGAUUCAUGGAGGAACUGCCAGAAGCUGGAAUUUUGCAAAAUGCUUCUUUGUUAGGAGAGAUUAAUUUUAUUUCCGAUAUCCAGAAUCAAGAAACAGCCCUGUCACAUGGGACAGGUUUUCCUAUGUUAAACUGGGAUUUUCAACAGAAGUCAGAUGAUUGUAUUGCAAAGUUCUUCAUCACAGCUUGUGAGACCGUGUUGGCAAUGCCUAGAUCAAUGAAAACAUGCAGUGACCAGGGAGAAAACACUAAUCCACUGCUGACUGCAGGAAAUGGCAAAUAUCAAGCAUGUAAUGCUGAGCCACAGAAUUUUGUCCAAGAAAUGUUAUGUGACAUGGAUAAGAAAGAGGACAAAACUGAAAGAAAGCGGCUGGAAAAAGAGAAGUACAUAAAGGAGCAUAGACCUUGUUUUCGGGGUGAUACUCAGGAUGAAGGGGACCCUAGCUCCUCCAAAUUUGAUUGUCACUUAUGUUUUAGUAGAGGAGACAGAAAGACAAAUGUAACCUUCACUGAACUGAGUGAUAUAAACCCUGCAGUCAUCUGUGAAAGCAAAAUCAGAGGUGAAGAUGAAGGUGAGAGUUGCUGGAUUGAAAAAGACAUUGGAGUUGCCUGUCAUGAAAGUGGCCAUGGAGCUGGCACAGGAUAUCUUAAAGGACAGUGGUGGGGUGUGGAAGUAGUCAGCAAAGACAGUACUCCAUUUGCAGUGAACAAGGCUACAAAAAGGCAGAAGUUCUGCAAAAUGCACAGUGAUUCAAAAUAUACAAGAUGCUCUCCCAAAAAGGGGCUCCCAGAAACUCUGCAGUGGAGCUCAGCACCACAAAGUGGGAUCAGUGCAGCUUCAAGCUGUUCUAUGCAAGUACCUCAGAAGCAUCUCUCCUGCCUAGCUGAAGGGCCUGGAUUAAGUUCAUCUAAAGAGCAAGAGACUGGUAGCAUAGAGGAGAUGUUAGGUGCAGACAAAUCAGAACAGGAAGAUACUGUCCAAAACAGUGAAAUGGCUUCUGCUCCUUUAAAAUCUGUUACUGUUCAGAUGUCUUCAGGACUGGAGUUUCUUUCAAUACCAAAGGGUGAGAGGCAAAAUGCUUGUCUCAGUUAUAGCCUUGCUAGGGAAGAUCCUGUGGACUUCUCUGACAUGUUAGCACACUGUUCUGAGGGUGGUCCUCUCAUACAGUCAGACCCAGGGGCUUUGACGGACAGUGUGCAGCAGACUACUAAAGCUUCCAGCCAAACUAACGACUGGACACCCAGGCAACUGCCAUUGCUUUGUCUACCCCAUACUCACUUGACAAAAUCAGCCUCUCUUGACAGCGUGCUUUGUGGCAAACACAGAUCAUGCUACUGGAGUGAAGCCUCUGGCACUGGGUGUGUGCAGGGUGGUUGCUGCUGUCACUGCUACUGCCCAUGGACCUUCCCCACAGCUGCCUCUCCCCAGUGCUCUGUGGGCUGCUGUUCAAGCUGUGCCACCAGUGAGCUAGAGCUCUUCAAAACCCUGGUGCUCCUCCAGGACACUGCCAAGUGGAACUCUGCACCGUGCACCCUCCAUGAGAUAGAAGCAAUGAAGCAUUCCUGCCAGCACUUCCAGGAGAAGCUGGAUGAGAUUGAACAGCACCUGAUUGAACAGCAGGCACUGUUUUCCAGUGCUAUGACAGAUGAAGGAAGGGAAGAAGGCAGAUACCUUCAAUUCUUACGGCAAGCUGUUCGUCAGGAGGUUGCAGAGCUGGAAUUUCAGCUGAAUGACAGAGCUUUCCAGGUCAGGGAGAGCAUCCUUAUGCAGCUGGACCAAUUACUGGCAGAACAAUCCCAUCUGUUUUCUGAGCUCGGACUUUCUGAUUGGAAGGGAGAAAGAAAAACCUUGAAUAAACAAGCGUUUCCAGAUGCUGCUGACACUGAGCAUCCUCAAAGUGGGUGCUCAAAAGUGGUGCUCCAAAGAGCUCCUAGCAAACACAUGACAGCCACAAGCUUGCACUCUGCUUUGCAGCUGGGGACAUCCCCAAUAUUUCCUACUGGGACAGCACCUGAGCCAAAUUCAGUAGAUUCUGUCCCAUGGGUACCCUCCAUCAGUAAAAGGAAAUUAAAGGACCUCCUCAAGCAAAAAUGA